AGUUCACGUCCAGCGUGCCGUGCCAGUGUGAAUGGGCGACGCUCAUUGCAAUAUUGAGCGACGGGUGGCCACCGCGUGCCUGAGAGCCCUGACUUCUGCCGCGACGUGCCCAGCCCAGGAUGUGUCGGGAAAUAGAUGCGGAAAGGAAUUCCUAAAAAGUACAUUGUGUUCAAAGUUGGUGGUCAUUUCCCGUCUACAAUGCCAAUGGUCUCUACACCCACGUCCACCGUGAUUGUUGACCUUGCGGAUUUUAGUGAAAUCUUGUCCAAAUUUUGUCUGUUUGCUCAGCAGAGCUAGUCGUAUCGUAACCUGAUCGAGAAAACAAAUUUGUAAUGUGCUGAAGCCACGGACAGAUAGCAGCCGUAUGUACAGGCAGUCAGUGUAAUUCGCAUUGCUUGUCAAAAUCACUUCGAACGACUGACGUUUGACUCGGCAUAGAUCUCGCCAAGAUCCUCAGGGAGGACAGUAGUGUCGAGCGCGAAGUCAUUGUUGUGUGUGGCUUCUGAAACGAAGCAGGUACUAGUAAUUGGUAAAUCUACAGCCAGUAAGGCAAGACUUGUGUUUGCGGAGGAGCUUGGGCCAAGAGGAAUGUCCUUGGACUCAGCAUUGCAACUCAAAACUAUCAUAAUUCUUUGGCUUUCGUCGGCAGCAUAAGUGUUCCAUAAUGAGAUCGCCGGUGUGCUUUGCGGCAUUUCUUUGUCGCGUGGCGAGUUUCGCCCACCUAGCGUGCGUUGUAUUACUAGCGGGCAGCAGCAGCGGUGCGGAACACACCAUGGACCAUGUGGAGGCGGUGGCCGACGCUCCUCGGAAAUGCAGAGAGACCAUUCUGGAAUCCCACGCGCCAAGGCACUCGCAGUCACACUAUCGCAGGCUGAUAGACCUCUAUUGCAAUGCUGUGCAGAUCGUGCCUGGGCCACAACCUAGCGAGCGGAGGCGGAGAGGCCGCGGAAUAGCUAAGAGGGAGAUCAUCCCUCCGGACGAGCGGCGUGCGGUCGGAGACAGUUUCGUUCGGCGACACCCGUUCUCCACAGUGGUCAAGAUCUCUACAGGAUGCACAGGUGGCCUGAUAUCUCCGCAUCACGUUCUGACGGCGGCACACUGCAUACACACAGACGGAGAGUACGUACCAGCAGUGACCAUCGGCCAGACGGAGCUGAUGAGCGAGACCCUGAAGCGCAUUGGCACCUCUCUGCGGCCAUUUGCUGCCAGCCUACGCUCCUACCAUUGGCAUAGCACUACACGCUUUCAGACUGCAUCUGCCUGGGCAAAAGACACAAGUCUCAAAACCUCCAGUGAUUUCGCUCUCGUCACGAUGAAUCCGGACGAGUGCAUACUGAAGUCGUACAUGAAGAUGCAGCCGCUGACUGUGAAGAAGCUGCGAACGCUGGUUGGACUUGGCGAUAGUGUCAUCCAUUUCACUAGUUUUGCAGACGACAAGCCCCGAGGCUCGCUCUGGUAUCGUAACUGUGGAGUGAUCUACGUGGACCGACGGGGCAUGAUAUUCUUCGACUGCGACGCGACGUUUGGCUCAUCAGGCGCCGUGGUCUAUGUGUACGUUGUGGAAGGCACCGAUCCAAACACCGGUCGUCAGAUUCUACGCCGGCGAGUGGUUGGUGUCAACUCAGGCAGUCGAUUUGUCACUAUAGCGGGUCGGCGGCGGCGUUUGAAUGUGGCAACCGGCAUCACUCCAAGGAAAUACCGCGAGAUAUGCCGCUGGGCACCGGGUAUGUGCGAUCUUCCCGAAUACCUUGAUCGCGAAACCAAGCCCAGCGAUAGCUGGAUGAUGACGUGCGGUGGACCACCCACGACUCCACCUCCGCCAACCACACCCACGCCCUCAGCACCCCCAGUAACCACCACUCAAUUGCCGACGGAGGAGCCCACCCAAGAGGCAGCCGUCACCCCCGAAGAGCGUAACACUGAGGAGGGCAGCGCCACGGCCAGUGCAACUGCCGACAAUCGCGGACGCACAGGAGCGGGUGGAGAGGGGCAACAAACAGCUGCGCCGGGGACGGAGCGUGCAAACGACGGCGGCACAAGAGAACAAGAAUUGCCUCCCACGCCCACUCCCAUGCCCACCACCGUUGCAGCCACUACUAUUGGCGGUCUCAGUCGCUUUGAGCGGUUUUGCAUUGGCCUGGGACAGUCGCUACGCGAAGAAUGCCUUCGUCAUGCUGCUGGACUUGGUGGAUAGGCUCAGUGACAUGAACAUAGCCUGGUAGGCUUAUCUAUUUGAACCCGACUGCAUGUGUCUCGUUGAUUUCCUUUCUUGAGUAUGUGUGUGUGUGUGUGUGUGUGUGUGUGUGUGCCUGCAUAUUGUAUGCUUGCUGGCAUGUCUGCGCAUAUGCUUGGUGCGCACAUUGAUUCAUUAUAGUAUUUGCCAAUAUAUGUUUUGAAGAAGAGGUUGGUACGACUUCGGCGAUAGUAGGGGAAGAGUGUCAAAUGAGAAUUCAAGUCGGCAAGAAAACCGCGAGCUCCCAUGUAGGGAGCAACACACUCUUCCCUGAAUACAUAUUUUAUUAAUAUAUUUGACUCUUGCAUUCGUUGCUGGUCCUAUCAGGCAGUGUGUUUUCCGUGUCUGCGUGCGUGUGUGCGCGUGUGUGUGUGUGGCUGUGUGUUCUUUUUGCUGCCGUUUUGACUCUCUUUAAUACCCUAAAAGUUGAUUUUCUCCAACGAAUACCCAGCCACAGAGCUAGAGCUACUAAGUCAGUAGUCCA